CUUAAGGGACCCUUUUAAUUCCUGCAUCAAGUCUGAUUAUGUAUUAUUCCAACAUAUUAUAUGUCAUCGAAGAGCCUUUACAGAUUAUGGUUCCAGAUACUUCAUUGGAUGAUUUAUUGGGUAAAUAUUGUAUUUGAGAUCUCUCAGGUUCUUCCACCAAAGAAGUUUCACCUAAGAAAGAGUUCAUAGCAGCACAGAAUGAAUUGAAGCGAAAGAACAAAAAGUUGUGUAUUGAGGAGAUUGACUUCAGUGAUAAAAUCUUACUACUUUCUAGUAUCGUUGAUGGUAUCUUAAACACUCAAAAUCAACAGGUGAGCAGAUUUCUUAUAAAAUCGAAAAGAAAGCCAAUUACACCAAAAGGGAAGAAUUCGAGCUCAAGAAGAUCCAAAUUUAUAGGUGUAUCCAAGAAUGGUUCUUCUCAUCAGGUAUUAAUAUCAGUUGAAGGAAAGAAGACCUACCUUGGAUCAUUCGAGAAUGAAUAUGAGGCAGCGGUGACUUUUGAUUUCUACUCCAUUUUACUACAUUCUGUUGAGGCGAAGACUAAUUUUUCAUACACCGCUCAGGAUGUUCAGGAAAUGAUUCAUAGCUAUAAAGUUUACAAAAAUCUCUCAAAUUUUUACCCCAAAAUUGUUGAGCAACUUAAUGGACAGUAAAGAAAGACAGAUGGAUUAUUUUCUAAUUACUAAUGCAUUUCCAGUUAAAAAUGUU